GCAAACGCGGUUUCCCUGUAAGUCGCACGUGUGGAGCCAUGGCGAGACACGGCAAGCUUAAGGCCGGCGUGAGCAGCAAACUUCCUCGCUGGAAGAAGGGCCAGAGCAGCAGUAGCAACCCCGCCACGAGCCGACACCGCGAUGCCGCCCGCAGUCGCUUUUACGGUCGCAGCAAAGGCAAGAGCGACCUCACCGUGGCUUCGCUGCGCUUGCACGAUGACAUUCAGAGCGACCCCACGGCGUCUGCUGGGCCGGCGAGCGAGCGGACGCCGACAGUGGGACCGGCCCAGGAUGCCGCCAGCGAGCGGACGGCCGGCACCUUCCUGAGUGGGCUCUCCGACAUCACCAACGCCACGUUUGGCCGCGUGCAACGCUACUGGCAGUCCAGCUCGGCAGCGCACAAGGAGAUUUGUGCUGUGUUGGCUGCCGUUACGGAAGUGAUUCGCGCAAAGGGAGGCACCGAGACCGAGACAGAGUAUUUUGCGGCAUUUAUGACAGCUCUGGAGACGAUCGAGAGCGACGAAUCCUUGGCAGCUGUCGCUUAUCUCCUCAACAUGGUCAUUAAGAGAGUCCCUUCCUCGGUGCUGAAGAAGAAGUUCUCCGACAUCUCCAAGGUGUUUGUCGACCUCAUGUCGACUCACACCAACUCGGCAACCAGCACUGUGCUCCGCUGGAUUUUAUCAUGCACGGCCGUGCUGCUUAGGAAGCAGGACCUCGCCGUCUGGGCCGAUGCCUCCACUAUGAACACGUUCCACGCCCUACUCAGCUUCGCGACGCACACCAAGCCCAAGGUGCGGCGGGCUGGCCAGCAGGCUGUGAGCGCUGUGAUCAGGGGCUCGGAGUUCAUGUUCGCAGACGAAGCUCCUCCUCACCACCCAGCCGCUUCAAGCACCGCCAAGUUCUGCGUGCGCGAGAUCGAGGAGAACGGCGGGACGGGCGACGCGACAGGCACGCUUCACGUGCUAGGCCUGCUGAAGGAGGUGGUGCCCUGCCUGCCCACGCAGAGCCUCAAGGCGUGCUGCGAGAGCGUGCUGCGCAUGCUUGCCUUGGGCCACGUGCUGGUGACUGCACGCGGCAUGCAGGCAUUGCACGCGCUGUUCGCAGCGCAUCCCAAGCAGCACACUCUUCCCGCGGAGCUCAACGCACAGCUCAUCACGGCUCUGUACGAUUACCUGCCAAGCAUGAACGACGUGCAACCCAUGCUGGCCUGGCUGGCUGUGAUGGAGAGUGCACACGUCAAUCUGGCUCGGCUGAAUGGCAACCUGUGCCUGAGCCAUCUCCCCCGACUGGUCAACAGCUCCAUGAACUGCAUGCUGUCUGACCGGUCAGAGGUCGCUGUGGCAGCUGCCCAGGCUAUCAAGACGGUGCUGGAGAAGUGCGUGGCUCCGCAAGUCGAGGACCUGGGCGUGCUGCUGAAGGGAGCUGCACCUGGGCAGAACACACCUGUGCUAAAGAUGUUCAGGGCGGUGGAGGAUGGGCUCAAGUACCGCUACCACGGGGCCUGGAAGCUUGUGCUGCAGCUGCUUCAGACGUUCUUCCGCGUGCUCGGCAAGCAGUGCCACCCCAUCAUGAGCAAGUGCCUGGUGACGCUGGGCGAGCUGCGUGCCAGCGGACACUUUGCUCAUGUCUCUGAGCUGGAGGAGGCCAUCGGGGCGGCGGUGGAGAGCAUGGGUCCCUGCGUGCUGCUCCAAGCGCUGCCGCUGGGUAUCACGGGCACCGAGGAGACACCGGACUUGUCACACUCGUGGCUGCUGCCCGUAAUGCGAGACCACAUCCGCAACACUGAGAUUCACUUCUUCACUUCCUACUUCUUACCGCUUGCUGCCACAUUCAAGAGCAGAGCCUCGGAACUCAGGAGCGCUGGAAAGAACUUGCAAGCCAAACUGUUUGAUACACUCCAGUGGCAGGUGUGGUCGCUGCUGCCAGGCUUCUUCACGAACCCCGUGGACCUGGUGCCAGCGUUCCGUGGCGUGGCGCGCGUGCUCGGCACGGCACUCACCGAGCGUCCGGACCUGCGCAUGCUCGUGUGCCAGGCGCUGCGCACGCUCAUCGGCAAGGGUUGCUCCUCCGACGACGAGCGAGCAGAGGUUGGCCGUUUCUCCAAGAACUUCCUGCCCAUCUUCUUCAACAUCUACACGGAGGGCGAAUCCUCGCAGGGGGCGCCCGACGGCGCGCGUCUCGCCGUGCUCGAGACGGUCAAAAGCUUCCUCUGCAUCACCGAUGAGCAGCUCAUCUGCAGCUUCUUCGAGAAGGCGAGCGACAAGUUCCAAAAUCCCCAGACAGAGCACGCGGUCAGCGAUUUGAGUGGUCUGCCUCUGUUCCCACGGUGCUCAGGCUGCUUGGUGAUGGACUUGGUGGUCGUGAUGACGCCGUUCGUGGACGAGGCUCACCUGGCGAACAUCUACGCCACCGUGCUGCCUCACCUGCAGAGCCGAGACGUGGGCAUGCAGAAGAAGGCGUACCGCGUGGUGCAGGAGGCGUGCGCGGGCGAGCGUCCCGCGUGCCAGAACUUUGUACUCGGCCACCUCGCGUCUCUGCAGGAGGCGCUGCUCACCUCCCUGCGCGCCACCGCCUCCCCUGCCAAGCGGCCCCGCUUGAAGUGCCUGGCCCUGGUGGUGAAACAGCUCUCGGCCGAUCGGGAGGACUUCCUGACGGCCAUCAUCCCCGAGGUCAUCCUGUGCACCAAGGAGGUGGCGGUGAGCGCCCGUACCAGCUCCCUGAACUUGCUUGCCGAGAUAGGCCACGCUUUCCUGCGCUUCCAGCCCGACGACAAACCAGAGGCUCUGCGGCGCUACCUGGCCCUCGUCUACGCCGGUCUUGCCGGCUCCGUCACCAUGAUCAGCUGCACCGUGCUCGCCCUGACGCGUAUCCUCUUCGAGUUCAAAGACCACCUGGAGGGCAGCGUGCUGUCUCAGCUGCUGUCCAACGUGGUCCUGCUGCUGUCGUCGCACACGCGUGACGUCGUCAAGUCUGCACUCGGGUUUCUCAAGGUCGUCAUCUUUGUGACGGACGUGCGCACGCUGGCGCAGCACGUGCAGCUCAUCGUGGAGGGCAUUGUUAAUUGGCGAGACGACAGCAGGAGACAUUUCCGCGCCAAGGUCAAGAACAUCUUCACAAAACUCGUACGCAAGUUCGGCUACGAGAUGAUCGACAGCAUGGUGCCGGAGACGUACCACAAGGUGCUUGUCAACAUCCGCAAGGCGGAGGAGCGAGCGCGCAAGAGCCGUGCUCUGGGGCACGCGGGCGGUGACGAUGACGACGAUCAUGACGACGGAGACGCGGACGACGCUAAGUCCAGGCGCAGCAGCAUCCGGGACAAUGUGGAUCAGCUGCUGGCUGACAGCGACUCUGAGCCGGAGGGUGGCAAGGGGGAGGAGUCUGCAGGCCGGGGCGGCAAGAAGGCCCCGAAAGCCGCAAAGGCCUGGCUGCAGGAAGGCGAGGGCGACGAGCCGCUUGACUUCCUCGACCCGAGCGUGGCGCAGAGAGUCCUGGCCACCAAACCUGAGCAAAACCAGCGCAGUCACGUAAAGCACGACUUCAAGUUCUCUUCUGAUGGACGUCUCAUCAUCCGAGACGAGGAGGAAGAGGAGGAAAAGAUGAAGAAAAAGAAAAGGGGUCAAGUGGAUGAGGAUGAGGAGCUCGCGGAUAUGAUGGCGGAGGUCGGCAUGCGAAAGAAUUCGAGCAACAGGAAGAGGAAGCUGGCGUCGAAGGACGAUGACGGAGACGAUGGCGCCGAUGAGCCCAGAUACAAAGCUGGUGGAAGUGGUAUCCACCGUGCCGUGCGCGGGAAGAAAGAAGCUCCCGGAUUUGGAGCCACGUAUAAAUCCAAGAGAGCAGCCGGAGAUGUGAAGAGGAAGGGAAAACCGGAUCCCUAUGCCUACGUCCCGCUCGACAAGGGACAGCUGAACCGAAGAAAAAGAGCGAAGAUGCAGGGCCAGUUCAAGGGCCUGGUGAAGGGUGCGAAGAAGGGAAGCUGCCAAGGGCAAGAGGCAGAAUACGAGAAACAAGAAACAUAAAUAAACCCAAUUAAAAACUCACCCCCUACACGCUGUAACUACUUCGACAGGCGGAUUGCCACCCCUCAAGAUUUGUCAUCAUUUCUAGUAAAAAUCUAUAUCGAAAACUCUUUUCUUGACAACCGCUUUUUGUGUUUAGUGUGUUGCCUUUCCCCCGCAUCUCCAAUUAGCACGGUUGGCUACUUGCGGUACGAAAGAAGUUGGAACAAACAUACAUAGUCACCUAUACAGCAAAACCGCCUGACAAUCAAAUUGGCCUGCAAGGUGGCCAGGAGAUGGCUGUGUACAGCGCCUGGUCCCGUGAAUCCCUCUUGAGAAAGACCAUUGAGUGUUAUCCCCGAGGUACCCUCCCGUGUCCUCCCACAUGCAGAAUACUAGUCAAAAAGGAAUUGGCUAAACAUCUCUUGCAAGAGCCUUGAGACUUGGUAAGGUUUUCCCGGAUAAAUAAAUUACAUUAUUAUACAUUUGUUUUACAUGUCGGUAAUUUAUUGUAAUUUAUAUGCAUACAUUAACCUUCCCCCUCUGGUCUUCGUUGCUGAUUGGCUCACAAGUGACGACGUCACAUUUAUCUCUCUAUUUAAGACCGAAACGGGAGGAUUUCUUUAUAACUCCGGCUGUCGCCUGAUGAGUCUCAUUGUAAUUACUGGCGCGAAAUGUUGUACUCGAAUUGUAAAUGUUAUAGUGGGUUUACAACAACACCGUUGUGCUGUACUAGUAACAAAUGGGCAUCUGUUGGUUACGUUAUAUACUUUACUAAUUGGGUGUUGGGUGGUGGCGGGUUUAACGACAUUUAUAUUUAACCCAAUUCUUUUUUUCAUAUUAAUACGCAGAACACUACCCUCUGGAACCCGGUAACCUCUGUUCAAUUCCCAACCAUGGCUAAAAUCAGUGGCAAAUUAUACUUUAACUGAUUCUUGGCCUCCUUUAUCAACCCGCACUGACCAUUUUGGUCAAGUAUGGUGGUCAAGUACGGUGGUUAAGUAUGGUGAAACAACCCCCAAUGACUCGCACGGCAUCAGGAGGCCAUCAAGCAGUGGAUUGGCAAAGGGGCCUUGCAUGUCUGCAUCGUAGCCACUCUGCUGUAACUGGGGGUGGAUGACUUAUAGACUUGCAUUUCAUACAGCCCAAUAGCCACAUUGAAGCCUACAACUUCAAAACAUCCCCCAGAUGAUCUUGAUUUGAAGCUUUCGUGACUGCAGGAAUUAAUACUCUUUGGUUCUUUCGGUAAAGUCACGUAGAUGGGAAAAUGAAUAAUAGAUCACGACGUUUCGAUCGCAACAACAAGCAAUCGUCUUGAGGUGAGAGCGAGAAGCAUGCCGUUGUGACGAGGCAUCAUAUAGAUCCGAGAGGGGGAUGGGAGGGGAGGCCGUAACGGGCGAGAGGGUGGGGGUGACAUUCUAAGAGGGCUUGGGUGAGAGAAAAAAAUUAACCCGUAAAAACAAAGUUUUUCACUAUAAAUCCUUUAUAUGCGUGUUCAAUGGGCCACAACCCAGCCCACAUUGGUCUGAAACGGGCGGCUAUAGUCCUCUCGUCCUCUGGCUUGAGAUGGCUGCCACCUAUGGGUCAGAUGAUUGCCUGCCACCAUUAAGAAAUUGGUAAUUAAAUAUAAUUUGUUUUUACCUAAGUGUAAAAUUUUGAAAAAAAAUUUCACGAAAAUAAAUUGUCACGCACAACGAGUCUUGUGUGCAAAAUGUCAGCUCGAUUGGAUCACGGGAAGUGGGUUAAAAAACGACCGAAAGAUUUGCACGGUCGUAAGCAAGCAAGCAAGCGAACUUAAUAUAAAGGAUUUAAAAAGGAAGCUUAGAUAUACGUAACAAAAUUUAGAAAUGUAAUGCAACUCAGUUGGCUAACACAACAGGUAACAAUUUACCUGGUUGAUCACAUCCUUCAAAAGAUUGCUAAAUUUUGCAUCCAUCUUCUCGUUUGAAGCUAUGUCUGAGUUGUGUGGAAAUCCUCCCCGUAGAGGCGGUUCAAUCUGUCACUGCUAGCAUCUUACCUCAUUUCUUCGGAGCUGGUUUUUGUCUUCAGUUUGUCCUUCACCCGCACCUCCGAUUAACACGGUUGGCUACGUACGUUGCGAAAGGAAUUCAGCUUACAUACAUUGGCCUCGCGAAUUGGGUACUUAGAGGGAAUGUAUUCGACUUGCCAAGACCGUUUCUAAUUUUACAGCCACGCUCGGGCACUGAUCGGGCCUGUUUGUGUUGGGGCGACACGCACGUGUUACUGCGUUAUUAUUAGUUCGAACAAAACUUUGUUCGUUUAAUUUGCCGCCUCCCCAAAAUUAUUUGAAAGUUAUAUUGGGCCCUCGAAGGGAUAGGUUCCACAUCUGGUGAAACCAUUGCUCAUGCAAACAAUCAAAUGUACAAACACAAACGUGUCCCCUCCAUAUUGCGGUGUUUGUCAGGUUAAUGUUAAUUGGGGCGAUUAUGCAUUGGGUUUCACAAACAUCUCUCCUCACAUCCUCACCCACUCCACCGUUUUCCAAUCGUUUUCAUUAUUUUUCUUUGGCUGAUGUUGAGGUAGAGCAACUACAAUUUGACAUCGAUGUGGUUGAGCUAAAUCAUUGGAUCAGGAGUAGCAGAGUCUUGUAUCGCUGCUGUGAUGUUUUUUUUAAAAUCGUAUUUGUGAAUCGGGAUUUGAGCCGUUAUAUGUUCCAUGGCCUGUUCUGAGUGACCAGUCACACCGGAGAUGUUUCAAUUUGCGAUUUGAGCAUCAAGUAUCCGCAACUGCUGCCAGGGUCUUUUUCAUUGAUCGAGUGUAACUGGAAACGUUUUACUGUGGUGGGCUGGGAAGCCUCAAUUGCGAGAACACAAUUUUGGAAUGGUAGCUUUCAUCAAUUAUAAUUAAAGCAAAAGUAAAUUUUGUUCAUUUUAUUUAUAUUUUGGUUUUGUCACGUAGUGCCUGCGGGAAUCUUCCGAUGUACCGCAUAUUAUUUUAUUCCAGUUUUUAAACACCCCCUUUUAAGGCCUUUGUCACUUUACAAUAUUUCAUAUUUUCUAAAACGUGUUUUGUAACAAGAUACGAGUUUAAUCCAUCUUACACGUUUGACCAAUUCCUUUUUGACAUUUAUUUUUUGCGUGUGAGGGCAUUCACCGUGUACAGUUAAAGUUUAGAAAUAAAUUCCGUAUAGUAUA